GAGAGAUGGUGAUGGUGAGAGACAACAUAUAUUACUGCUACCAGCGCCACUACAACACUAGCCUAACAUUUGUUAACAUAUUACAAGUGCCACUUCCACCUCCAGAGGAGACUAAGAACAUUAUAGCAAGACAAACAGUAGCGUCUAGUGUCUUAGACUACAUUACUGGGGUGGACUGGCUGAAGACAUGCACUAGGAAAGAUAGUCACCGCAGAGGAUAGAUGAAAUAGUAUAAGUGAGUGUAAAGCAGCUUUGUAUCAACAUCUUAGUGAAGACACCACAGCUGUUAGUCAUGGAGCUUUGGUUGGUGUGGUCAUGCACUUUACUGACAAUGGCUGCCAUAGCCUCAUGUACCAAGGACUACUACGAAGUACUUGGAGUGGAGAGAAAUGCAGAUGAGAAAGAAAUAAAGAAAGCCUUCCGCAAGUUGGCUAUUCAGUUCCAUCCAGAUAAAAAUAAAGAGAAAGGUGCAGAAGAGAAAUUCAGGGAGAUUGCAGAAGCUUAUGAAGUUCUCUCAGAUGAAGAUAAACGAAAAGAGUAUGACAUGGUAGGUCAUGCUGGCUACACAAAGACUGGGGGAGGGGGAGAACGCCCUUUCAACCAUGCCUUCCACUUCAAUUUUGAUGAUCUCUUUGCUGAGUUUGACAACUUUCCUGGUUUUGGAGAUAGCUUUUCAAGAGACUUCGUAAGUAGAAUAUAGUACAUUCAGAGAGCU